AUGUCAGUCUUUUGCAGCAGCGAUAAAUUGUAACAAGGCGAGCUGAAUUGAUUUCACAGCUAGCACUGGCAAGGCUUGAGAAAAAGUUUACACUAUUAACCAGAACGUUUGUGAGUUUUGUUACUAGGGAGGACGUAUUAUCGUUGGAAAAAUAUCAGUGCGUUUGACUUUAAUUUUCUCUUUCUGUUUGUUGUGACGCUAACGUUAGCCUAGCUAGCACAACACAGCCUCACCAAGCUAGCUGUUGCCGAGAUUUCGCCUAGACGAGCGCUUCAAAACAGCUGGAGAGAAACCCUGAAACAUGACGCAGAUCAACGGUGUCAAGUCAUGGUGUCUGGGAGUCACAUUACAGGUGAUUUUAGCUGCCAUCCUGCACCAGGGUUUCGCCACUGUAGCCCCUCCGACCACCGCUGCCCCACACAAAGACCCUGGCAGACCUGACAAAGGGAACUACCUGGUUACUGGCAGCAAUGGUACUGCCUGUUUACUGGCUUCUAUGGGUCUCCAGCUCAACGUCACUUUCAACUCCGUCUCCCAGAAUAAGACUCUGCAGGAUGUUGUAAACCUUCAGCCCAAUGCUACCAAGAGCUCUGGAUCAUGUGAGGCAGACAGCGCCUCCCUGCGACUCACAACUGAUGCUGAUAAGACAAACCUGACUUUUUUCUUUACCCUGAACACCACAUCCAAUAAGUACCACCUGAGUGAAGUGUCUUUGUCUGCUGCUUGGCCAGACAUGAAAGAACCCUUCUCGACCCACAACAACAGCCUGAACUACCUGCAGGGCACCCUUGGCUACUCCUACAUGUGCCGUGAGGAGCAAACUCUAGAUGUCACCCAGGAGUUGUCCAUCAAUACCUUCCAGCUGCAGGUGCAGCCGUUCGGUCUGAACGGGGGCCAGUUUGGAGCAGCCGAGGAGUGCCAACUGGAUGAAGACGACAUGUUGAUCCCCAUCAUUGUCGGAGCAGCUUUAGCCGGCCUCGUCCUCAUCGUGCUGCUGGCCUACCUCAUCGGCAGAAAGAGGAGCCACGCAGGCUACCAGACCAUCUGAGGUCACUUUAAUGUUUGCAGAGGCCAGAGCACUAAACCCUGCCCCCCUACUCCAGAUUAACCCCUGUUCUCUAAGACUUAACACUCCACCCUCUCUCCAUCCUCCAUCCCCCCUGCCUCUGUAUAUGCUGUUAUUCGCCCUCAUCAGUAACACUAGUCACUAUCACUCUGUGCAGAUCAAUCCGCUCUUUCUGAACUGACCUUUAGUUAAAGAAGGAGGACUUUGUCAGAGAUUGCAAUGACAUAAGGAAAACUCCAAGUAAAGAUACCUAGUAAAGUAAAGCAGGGUUUGAAUGUUGAUGAGAGGGUCUGUACGAGUUCUCAGUUAUUUUGCUCUAUUUAUGAUUUCUGUGAAAGGAUUUUUGAGGGAUUAUGGGAUUUCAGGGAAUUGCCUCUGUAGCUUUUCUUAUUGUGUUUCUGCUUUUGGGAGACCUUUAUAAGUGGUCUCGCUCUGGUUAAGGUUUGUAAUAUAAAGGGAAUAUUGUAGCUUGUUCAAUUAAAUCCCCUUCAGAGAGUUUUAUAAACAUCAGGUUGCCUCUGAAUAGCACCAAGUAUACAGGAAAAAACAUGUCGAAUUAAUCCGAACGGAGAAAUUCAAGGAGUCUCCUCUGGAAGAAAGCCGACUUAAGGAAGGAUUCAGUGUGAUGAUUUCCUCCUUUUAUUUCAACGUUACAUAACUAAUUUUGUAUGGAGACUGAAAAUGCGAAUAGGUCAACAUUUUUGGAAAAAAGCAUUCUUGCUUUCUUGCAUCGAGUUAGAAAAUAGGAUCAGUACUGCUCUUAUGUUUGCUGAAAAUGAGGAUACAGCCAGUGGAUGCUAAGGUUAGCUUAGCUCAGCACAAAGCAUGGAAACAAGUGAGGAAAACUUGCCUACCUUGGUACUGAAAUCUAGCAGGAAAACCCAAGUAUGCACACAACAUGUUGAUAUUUUACAAGGAGUUUUGCAUCCAAGUAUAUCAAUGUGUUGCUCUUACACUUCAUAAUUUGCACUGAUUUAAUUAAAUGAGGUGUUUGGAAGUGCUUUCUCGGUAUUGGUUGGGGGAGUUCUCUAUCUAUGGAUGCUAAGCUAAGCUAAAGCUGUCCUAGUUUUAUUUUCAUUCUCACCAUGAAGGCUAGAGAGUGGUGCACAUGGAUGUAAUUAUGCAUUGCAUAGAGAAGGAAAGAAUUUAAAAUCAGUGCAAAUAUACACAAUUUAAAUCAAUUUAACGAAAAAUACACAUUGCAGUACCCUUCUUGACCAGCAGAUUGUGCUAUCUGCUGUUAGCCUCUGUUGUUUGACAUCAAUAGCUUGGGUCGAGAGGUGUGGAGUAAGAAAUUAUUAUGAAUUGACCUCAGUCUUUUUUAAAAAGUCCUGAUAAAGUCAUCUUGUUGACGCUGUAUCAGGAAACGGACAGCAUUGCAAGUUGAGCACAUCUUUACAUCCUUGGUGCUCAACUUCUUGUCUAAUUUUUGCAGCUUUCUAAAGUGUCAGAAUCUACUUUGAGGCAAUGGUUACCACUCUUCUGGAUUCUGCUGUUACAGUGUGUAAACAAACUGAAUAGCUUAAUUAAUUAUGAGAGUGCCGGUACAGUUUUGCUGCUCGAAUAGCUCAGGACAUCACUGUUAGAGUGUUAUAAUGUUGAGGUGUUUUCGGUCCACUGGGUGUUAUUAUUUUUUUUUCUUCUGUUUUUGAAUAUUUGCCCACUUGGGGUUUGGAUUGCUAAAGUGAAAGAAGUUGCACUAAGUCUUGAGUAGCAGCCCCAAGUAAAAUGAUUAAAGUGGCCAAAACGCUCUGGUCAGUGUUCAUCAGUGCCUUCCCAGCUGUGACAGAGAUGGGAUUAAAGCAAAGCCAAUACCACAGAGGUACUCAUUUGCUCACUGACACUGUGCGCCGCCGUCAUGCUCGGGACAUUCUCUCUAUGUCUCACAAAGCCUUCAUGUACUGUUACUGUUACCACCAUGAAAAUGCGUCAAUUGAUGUAGUAGGAAAAAAUACAGAUGUUUGUUUUUUAUGUUCCUCCCUCAUCUAAAGAUCCAUGUAGUGAUUUAAUAAGGUUUUAAUGUGUUUGUUUGAACUGUUUUCUAAAGGAGAGGUCAAUAAAAGUGAAUGAACGAUA